AUCGUUAUUUAUUAUAUAUUUUAGUGCAAUUGUAGGCCACAAAUAAAAUCUGUGAUGUUAAGUGUUCUAUUUUCAAAAAACACAUAAACUAUUUUCUCUGUGGUUUGAGUGAUGCAUUUUUAAUUUUAGUUCAUUUUAAAAUCAAUUAGUAUUUGAAUUUUAUCGUUCGCGUUCGCAUUUUAUAACAAAGAUUGUAUUUGACCUCAUUACGUUUUCUUUUAUUACAAAUUAUUUUAGGACGUGUUUAGUCUGUUUGGUUGUUUUUAAGGAUUUCAUUUAAGUUUGAAUAUAUUAUCUGUAAUAACACUUAUUAUCAUAAUAAGUAUAAUUAUUUUAUUCUUUUGUUCCACCUAUAAAAGUUUUUUUGCAAAUGAAACGAGUUUCUGUGUUGAAAAUAAGAGAUUUUGACAGCAACGCAAAGCUACCAUAGUUUUUUUGCUCGUAAUUGUUUAUGCAGUUAAAUGUAAAUUGUUAUUAAUUAAUUGUAUUAUAUUUGUGAUAAAACCAGCAGAGUGGGAAUUUGAGGUCGCCUCUCGCCAAUGGGUAAAGAGGUGCAAAAAAGAUGGCGAUCGAUCCGGGAUUCAUAUACGAAAGCGUAUCGACAAGGCAAAUGCCCUCCGCCGGAACAAUGUGCGCCCGGAAGCCGACGUUUCCAAUACCAUAGACAAAUGUCAUUCCUACUACGAGCUUUGCAAAACAAAAAACCAAGAUAUUCUCAAGAUAAAUACGAGUCGUUCUCGGAAAUAUCAAAUUCGCCCCAACAUCCGGCCCCAGAAGAUAUUCGCAUCAAAACAGAAAUAGACAAACCGCUCGAUCUGAAAACCAAACCAGACGUGCCAGAAACACAGGACAAGUGCAACCAGACUGUGCUAGACAAUGACAGAAGGCAGGAAAUGAAAAAUGACGGGAACAACAUUCUCCCAGAGGAUCAUUUCAAUGAUGAUAAGAUGUUUAUGAACUCUUUGUUGCCAUUAUUUAAAAAAAUGGACGAUGACACGAGGCUCUUAUGCAGAAUAGAGGUAUUGAAGAUUAUAAGAUUCGCGUUGCAGGGCAAUAACUGUCUGGAAGCGUUAAAGAUGGCGGAAGAUGGCUUUUUCAAAAAUGGACUGCUGAAGGAAGAGGGUAACAAGACGGAAUCAACACUUUCUAUGACCACCAGGUCGGCGGAUGGAAGUCGACCUGUACGGAAACGGAGGUUAAGAUCUCCGUCACCAUUACCUGUUCCGCCGAAACGGAGGGGGCCAGGUCGUCCCAGGAAGAUCCGACCUCCGCCAUCAGAUUCAGACGAAGAUCGUCCAAAGAAGCAGAAAUCGUUUCCUAAACUGAAAGUGUCCCCCAUUGAAGUAAACCUACACCCAGAUGAAGAUUCCUUAAGUAAAGCCACAAGUGUCGCGCAAUUGUCCACUCCACUGUUUAUGAAGAUGUAUAAUUUGGAACGAUCAAAGCCAGAGACCGACAUGCAAGUAUCUGUUAAAACGGAACCGUCUGAAAGUAUGGAACCAAAUUUUUACACUUAGUCCCGUAGUUAUAGGUGUUAGUAUAAAUAAUUAUAGAUUAUAGAAAAUUAAUUUUACGUAUCGUUAUUUUUUGGCAAUGGUUAUUUCUCGGAUGUAGUUUGUUACCAUUGAAAUACCGGAAUUUACCCGCAUUGUUCGUUUAUAUUUGCCUUAUUUUCCUACAUUUACAUAGUAUUAGAAAUGUAUGUGAUAAUUUAGUAUGUUUGGUUUGUAUACGUUUUUAGCAAGUGUUGUUAAAAGCAUUUCUGGUUUAGUUUUAAGUUAGUUAGAAAAGAAUUUAUUACGAAUUGGCAGUAUUUUGAGAGGAUCUAUUUAAAAGAUUGCGAGGUGGGGAGUAAUUUUAUACUGAAAUUAAAUAAUAUACAUACAUUCCGUGUUUGACAAUUGACAUAUAUGUUGAAUGUGAUUUUGAAUUAAAUAAAGAUAUUUUCAUGUA